AUGGCGGAUCCUGUGGAUGACCUGAGUGCAGCUGGGAUCAAAGUCAGAGUACCUUGGCGGGGAAGCUUGGUGAUCUUGGUGGGGGUGCUGAAUCUCGCUGGCAGUGAAGUGGCGGAGCUGUUGGUAUCUGGCAGGACUUCUGUGAAGGAGAUCAAACGAAAGCUGGAGCAAAGGCUGAAGGAAGAACAGAAAUUCUUUCCAGUCUGUCUGCAAGAUCUGUCUUGUGGCCAUCAGAAACUCGAGGACGCAAGCAGCUGCGAAAGCCUUAGUUGGAAAGAUGGAGAUGACGUCUCUAUCUAUUUGACUCGAAGUUCUGUUGACAUUGAGAAGUGCCUGCCGAUUCUUUGGAGCGCGGAGAGCCGUUCGAAAGCAGCUGCACUGGAAUUUCACGAAAUUGAGAAACUCUGUGCCAAGUGCGAAGAAAUCUUCCAACAUGAGCCCAUGCUCCUGGAGACCUCUGGGCCACUCACCGUGGUCGGCAACAUCCACGGGCAUUUCGAGCAGUUGCUGAAGCUUUUCGAGCAGUUUGGGACUCCAGACAAGCGACGCUAUCUUUUUCUGGGCGGCUACGUGAAUAAAGGCCCCAGAAGUCUGGACACCACCUGCCUCCUAUUUCUCUACAAGGCACAGCAGCCGGAGAAUCUAUUGCUGCUGCGCAGUAACCAUGAGGAGGGACAGAUGAGUCGAAUCUACGGCUUUUACGACGAGUGCAAAAAGCGACACAGCGUCCAUUUGUGGAAGAAUUUCUGCAGAACUUUCAACAUGAUGCCAGUUUGCGCUCUGGUGAAUGAAAAGAUCUUUUGCGUUCAUGGUGGGAUCUCACCUGAGUUGAAGAAUCUGGACCAAAUUAGGCAAUUGGAAAG